AGUUUCCUGGUACAAUAGAUGUAGAAGGAACCAAGAUGUCUUUGCCAAAUGAUGUCAGUAUGGAAGAAAUACCACUGGAAGAUGAUGAGCGAGACAGCAUAGAAUACAAGAUCCUGAUGGCCUAUGCCCAGCGCCGGCUGUCUGUCAGCAAAUAUGGAAAACUUCUGAAAAAUGAGACUAACCUGAAGAGAAAAGUAAAGUCUGACUCUCAAAGGGGUGAAGAGGGACCAAGCCAAACGUGUGACUUCGUUUUUCAGGGAGGUGAGACACAACAGCAAAGCAAAAAGGAACCAAAGAGAAAACACUUGCCAAGAUCCUGUCUGCCAUUUCACUGGGUCAUACCACAGCUUCAAGGGUACCCAGGAAGCACGUCAGAAGAACCUGAGACCAAUCAAGAAGAGAAUUCUCAGCAUCAGACAAGUGAAACAGCAGAUGUCAACCACAUUGCAGACAAGCUUGCCAAACUUGUUACUUCCAGAUCCCAGGGAUCUUCUUCAGUUUCAUCAUUCAGGGCUCAGUCUCAUGAAGACGACUACAGCAUCCUUACUGAUGGAAGUGAGGACAAAGAACAUGAUGAAAAUAAGAUAAUACAAGACAUAGUUUCCCUGUUAAGACAAGAAGGGGACCGACUAGAAGAAAAGAUCAAAAAGGACUAUGUUUUACGUCAGCAUUUUAAAGAGAUGCUCUCCUACACCUUCUUCGAGAAGGUCACUGAUUUGUUCCUGGAGUAUGUCACAGCAGAUUCAAAAAGUAAGCCAGAAGACCAAGUGCAAUGCACAAAAGUUGCCUUUACAAUGGAAAUUGCCACCAGACUUACUGCUGUGGACAACCAUCCUAUGAACCUGGUCUUGGGCUUUGGAUUGAAGUAUCUCAGAGAGCAUUUCAAGCCAUGGAUUCAGGACCAAGGUGGCUGGGAAAAGGUUUUGACUUCACUGGAUCAGGAAGAAGUAGAAUAA